UAUAAAUUUCGACAAACUAUCUAAUCUAAUAAAAGGAUCGCGUGCGUUGAGAGACGCUUUAUCAACUACAUUGUAUUUGCACAAAAGUAUAAUCGGCUAAUAGUUAUUCAAACCCGGAAGUUUAUUAAAUUAACAAAUAUCUCAGAGAGGCUUUACAAUGGCAUUCAACCCAUUGCAAAAUUUCAUCUUAACAGUGGUGUUAUCUCUCAAGUCCGUGGACAAAAUAUCGUCAGUCAUCAUACUCCUAACACCACCCGACUUGGAAACGUUGAAUAAUUUCAUUCCGAACGGCUUAACAUACGGACAAAAUACUUCUUGUGUUAGAUUUGAUGAGGUACAAAAGGAAUUCUUGAAAAUCGUUAAGAGUGUAAAGGUUUUUGUAUUGACACUUUUUAAGGAAGAUUUAAGCUUUGGUUGUUUUUAUAAUUUAUUCAAGUACAAACUGACGAUAUAUUUCGGAAACACUGAAAGUAAACAUCUGCUCAAACAGUUCCUGAUUUCACUUAAGACGCCGGAAAUCUUUGUCACCCAAAACAUAAAUUCCACAACGUUUCAAGGUGAAACUACUGCAGAACAUCGUAUUGAAUUGCGAACGACGUUUCAAAUAGACAGUUACACGCCACAAAUCACCUUUUAUCCCCCAUCCGAUAGUAUACCAGAACAUACGAUCGCAAAUAAUUGGUCACCCGAAUCAACGAACGAUGAACCACGUGACACAAAAACGUCAUCCAAUAGUUCAACAGCCACUUCUAUUGUGAUCAUCGAAUUUAAAUCGUCUGAGAACAAUAUCGCUGUUAACAGUGGUAAAACAAAUGAGGAUAACACUGAGAUAAACAUCGAAUUCAUUGCUCAACGUUUAACAGACAAGGUGCAGGAGCUUGUUCGCUCAUUUACUGAUGUUUCAUUACCAUAUGACGAAAUUCGAGAUGCUCUCAUGGAGGCAAAUAGAUCGAAUGGUUAUGUUGUCCGAUCUGGAAAUAACUUCUCCAGUGACUCGGUGUAUCGGGAACGUGUAACUCGUUGGCGAAUGAGGGUCGAAAUAACUGUGGAGAUGUUUGGAAGAGCUCUGCAGCACUGUGAAGGCUACGACUAUGUGUUGACUCAUACAAACAUUUUUCCUCACAACAUCAGAAUGUUUCUUCACCUUCCUGUUCUUAGAGGAUGCAGUAUUCACCUUAGUGAUUGUAAACACGGGUGGAAUUUCUGAGCUUGUUUGUAUAUUUUAAAUGAGGGCUUAUAAAAACUAUUUUAUCUGGUCUGGGAUAAAAAAUGAAUAUUUGUAGAUGUCAUGUUUUCACUCCAAGUACUGCUUCAUUUAUGGCAUGCAUUUAUAAACAGCAUGUAAAAUGCAAAAACUACGGACACUUCUUUUUCCGUUGUCCUUGAAGUACCGCGUCUCUUUCCCAACUUCGGACAACGCAUUUUGCUUUUAACAAACAGGUACAAAAGAAAAUAUUUCCGUUCCUCCUCUCCCCUGUGUUUCUACCGGUAUCAGUUACAGUCUAGUGGGUGUACAUGUUUAACAUAAUUUUAUGUAUAUGGGUACCGCACAGUAGCAGAUGGAAGAUGAUAUUUCCUGGCAACGGACCUGAUCGUAGAGAUGGACUCAUAAUCCCUGUGUCCCAUGAUUGUUUGAGUGCACAGUGCAACACCAACGAAUACUUGGAGCUAGUAUGAUAUGUAUGAAACUGCGCGUCUACACACUAGUUUUUUAUAUAUAUAUAGUAUGUAUGCACUGUGCUGUUUGUGGAGUUUUGUGUUGUUGUUCCAUGUGUCUUGUUUGUGAUUUUUUGUUGUGUUUCUGUAGUUUUUCACAUAAAUAUUGCAAUAAAAUAAACCGAUGUCAUUUGCAAAAGUAGUUGAAAAUAUUCACAAGAAAGUUAGUUUGUUCCUUGCAGCAAAACUUAACACA